GUCGGACAUAUUUGAGCAAAAUAAACAAGGAAAAAAUGUUUAAAAAUUAAGCUAAUUCUUACAAAAAUUCAGCACAGGAAUGAAAAUUUAAAAAAAAUAAAUUUAACAAUGUUAAAUGCAGUUACAGUGAUUAAUUACAUUAGGAUAUAAGUUGUGCAUAAAAGUGUGAUAGUAUGAAGCAUAGUAGUAAUAAAAACCUCUUUCGUGAGGUUCUAAAUAGAGAAAAUUAUGGAUAUGAAAAUUUUAGGAAGAUACAGAAAUCGUCAAAAAAUUCGUUAGUGUUGACUCAAUCCUUAAAGUUGGAAAAGACUCUUGAUAUUCAUAAAGGCUGUGUUAAUUCAAUAUGUUGGAAUCAUAGUGGAACAAAAAUAUUAAGUGGAAGUGAUGAUCAGAAGCUUGUAUUAACAGAUCCAUUCUCCUCGAAAGUCUUAAUUAAGUACACUACUUUUCAUAGGAACAACAUUUUCUCAGCUAAAUUUUUACCUCAAAGUGACACACGGAUAGUUUCAUGCUCUGGAUCAGGAUCGGUGUUGUACAAUGACUUGAACGAUAUAAACUUUACGAAGGAAUCGGAUUCCUCGGAUACAUUAAUUGGUGGAAAUUAUAGAGCAUCCAAUCAAGAUGCAAAUUAUUUCAACUGUCAUUCUGGAACUUGCUAUGAAGUCAUGACAAUACCGAGUGAAUUUAACAGCUUCUUAAGUUGUGGUGAGGAUGGGUCAGUACGAUAUUUUGAUAUGCGCCUUGUGUCGAAAUGUCACAAGCAAUUUUGUCGCGAGAAUAUUCUCAUAUUGACGCAAGCAAGUGUCACAGCUAUGAGCUGUUCGCCAAUAUCUCAUAAUUAUUUAAGUAUCGGAUGCUCUGAUAGCUUAAUUCGUGUUUAUGACAGACGAUUCUUAAAACUAGUCGAAUUUCCUACAGUAACUGAAGGUACACAGCCACCUUCACUCAGUUCCUUAAGUAAUGAAAUGCAAACUGACCCUGUAAAAAUCUAUAAGAUACCAAAUGAACAAAAAAGAACAUAUAGAAUUACAUCUAUUAAUUAUAGUAAAGACGAGAAAGAAUUGUUGGUAAGUUACAGUUCAGAAUAUUUAUAUCUCUUCGAUAUGACUCGAGAUGGGGUAGCCAAAGAAUUGCUACCAACAAAUACAAGACGUAGACGAUGUCGAGAAUCGCCAAGAAUUCUUAGAAAAUUACGAUUGAGAGGUGAUUGGAGUGAUACAGGUCCUGAUUCUUUGCCAAGCAGUGAAGCAAGUGGUCAAUCAAGGCCUCAAUUAAAUUCAAGUAUUAUGAACCGAAUGACAGGCCUUUUAUCACGUAUGCUUAAUGACAACUCAUCAAGAAAUCAACGAAAUCGUAGUGGUGUUGCUGAAGGCAUUUCAAUGCUUCUUGCAAAUGAUCAUGAUAAUGAUACAGAAGGUGGAGCAUCAAGUAAUUCAAAUAAUAAUAACGAUGCAUCAAAUCCAGACGAUUCUUCAAGCAGUUCUAAUUAUAGCAGUGAAGAUGAAUCAAUUGCUGGAGAUAAAUUUAAUUAUGUUAAACAGAAAUUUGUUGGACAUCGUAAUGCACGUACAAUGAUAAAGGAAGCAAACUUUUGGGGUGAUGACUAUAUACUAUCGGGGUCUGAUUGUGGCCAUAUAUUCAUUUGGGAACGAAAGAGUGGGGAGCUUAUUAAUUUACUACGUGCUGACAACCAUGUAGUAAAUUGUAUUCAACCACAUCCCUACUUGCCAAUUUUAGCAUCCUCUGGAAUUGAUCAUAAUGUUAAGAUUUGGGCACCUUUUGGUGAUGACACUGAAUUUGAUGAUAAACAAGCUCGUGAUAUUAUGAGAAGAAAUAAAUUAAUGCUAGAAGAGACCCGAGACACUAUUACAGUUCCUGCAUCCUUUAUGAUCAGAAUGCUUGCUUGCCUUCACUCAUAUAAUCGCAAUAAUAACCAGAAUCCGGAUAACAAUAAUGAAAAUGAGGACACCAGCAGUUCCUCCUAAUUGUCAAUUUAAAUGUGUGUAAAGAAAAAUAAAAAAUGUACGAAAUCGGUCCGUUGGAUUGAUGGAUUUAUUGUUGCUAUGUUUGUUGUUGUAAAAAAAAUGUGUGCAAAUACUUCAAGAAAAAAGGAAUAACAAUAAAAAAAGAAGAUAUAUAUUACUAUUAUAAUGGUGACUCCUGAAAAGAA